AUAAAUGAAACUGACAAUUGACAAUAAGUCCGUGUCUGCGCCUGCGCGAAUUUGCAGGAAGUGUGUGAGCGAAUAUUUUACCAGCUGACUGAAGAAUUGUCAACAGCUAGUAAGUACGGUCACGGCAGAGCAACGACAAUACAGAAAUAGAGACUGGAAUCAAAAAGAGCCUUUGAGAAAAAGACCAGUACAGAUACUCCUGGGAUAAGGCUGAAGAAAUAGAAAUAUUGACAGUUGGUCCAAUCCCAGAUUCCUUGUUGUCUGAGCUCCCGCCCCCUGGGAGACUCCACCCCUGUCCCUGUUGCUCUCCCCUGCUUCUCCAUCAUGAGCUCCAGAGGGACUGGCCGGUCCAACGGCGCCCUGCCCCAGACCAAGAUCUGCCAAUUCAAACUGGUGCUGUUGGGAGACAUGGCAGUUGGCAAGUCCAGCCUGGUGCUGCGCUUUGUUAAAGGGCAGUUUGAUGAGUUCCAAGAAACCACCAUUGGAGCGGCAUUCCUGGCGCAGUCCGUGUGUCUGGACGACACCACGGUCAAGUUUGAGAUCUGGGAUACAGCUGGGCAGGAGCGCUACCACAGCCUUGCGCCCAUGUACUACCGUGGCGCACAGGCUGCCAUCGUGGUCUUUGAUAUCACCAAGCCGGAGACGUUUGAGCGAGCUAAAGCCUGGGUCAAAGAGCUCCAGAGACAGGCCAGCCCCAACAUCGUCAUCGCCCUGUCUGGGAACAAGGCUGACCUGGCCGAGAAGAGACUAGUGGAGUAUGAGGAGGCCCAGACCUAUGCGGAAGACACAGGCCUACUCUUUAUGGAGACCUCUGCCAAGACAGCGAUGAAUGUCAAUGAGCUCUUUCUGGCCAUAGCUAAAAAGAUGCCAAAAACAGACACCCAGAAUCCUACGCAUGCUGCCAGACACAGGGGAGUCAACCUCCAGGACCCGGACGCCCACUCCACCCGAUCCUGCUGUGGAAACUAAGCUCCACCCCCGCCCCUCCUGCUGUCCAACCCCCCCGCUCCAACCAACCACAGGGGCAGGGUGAAGGGAGACCCAUCCCAUCUGAUAACCCCCCCCCCCCCCCCGCCCCUUCACACCUCUUCAAACCUUUACCUUCCCAUCCACCCACCCAAUGGAACAGUUUGAGAAAGAGAGCAAGGAUAAUAGAGAUGGGGGGAGUGUGUCGAAGGAAAAGGAGAGAGACGACAGUUGUCUUGCUCAAGUGUUCCCCCCCCAGCAGCCAGUGAGAUCUGCAGGCAGAGAGAGUGGUCUGAAGGAGACAGACUGGAGGAGAGAGUGGUCUGAAGGAGACAGACUGGAGGAGAGAGUGGUCUGAAGGAGACAGACUGGAGGAGAGAGUGGUCUGAAGGAGACAGACUGGAGGAGAGAGUGGUCUGUUAAGAAAUGGAGACGGAAUG